AUGGUGAAGAGGCAUAAAGCCUUUCGAGACUUGGAGGAUGAGUACAAGCAUAUCCAGAUAUUGGAAAGUGGGUUUUGUUACUUCCCGGAGCAUGGGAACAAGAUCCCCCAGGUCGACGAUACCUUGAUCAAGGUCAUGACAUCUGUCGGCACCGUUAUCGGGCAGUUGUUCUUCGGUUUCCUUGCUGACAGGGUGGGAAGAAAGCGUAUGUAUGGGUAUGAGUUGCUAAUCAUCGGACUGGCAACUCUGGGCCAAUGCAUCACGGGUCCUUCGUCAGCAAUCGGCAUAACAGGGCUGUUGGUGUUUUGGAGAAUUCUCAUGGGUAUCGGUAUCGGGGGCGAUUACCCUCUUGCAAACAUCAUCACUUCGGAGUUUGCGUCGACCAAAUGGAGAGGCACAAUGGUUGCUGCCGUGUUCUCGACCCAGGCUCUUGGUCAGUUCAUCGCCAGUCUGGUUGCCACGAUCGUGAUUGCAGCAUUCAAAGACCAGAUUGACAACGACAAAAAUGUCUGUCAGGACAGUGCCUGCACUCAAACCCCUGCUGCACAACUGGCCGUGGACAGAAUGUGGCGGAUCAUCAUCGGGGUCGGUGCCGUUCCUGCGGCAUUCGCACUGUAUUAUCGACUGACCAUCCCUGAAACCCCUCGAUACACCUUUGACGUGAAUCGUGAUGUGGAGCAGGGCUUUGCCGACUACAAAGGGUGGAUUCAAAACACGAUUGGUCCCAGAACUGGACAAGGAGAAGUCGAGGAUGAGAGAAGGGAGAUUCGCGCCGGCUUGAGACCCGGUGAGACUCUGGGCGGCCUUGAUGCUGCCGUUGUACCACAGUCUUCAUGGAGCGACUUCAGGCGAUACUUCCGACAAGGCUUCAAUGGCUGGAUUCUCCUUGGGACCUGCGGAUCGUGGUUCUUCUUGGAUGUGGCUUAUUAUGCCCUGGCUUUGAAUAACACCAUCUUCCUCCAGAAAAUGGGGUUCGGGUCCGUCCACAACAGCGACCCUACAAGAUUAUACACGAUCCUCCGCAACGGCGCGGUCGGCAAUUUGGUCCUGGUGGUUGCCGGCGCUAUACCUGGCUCCAUCUGUGCAAUCCUGCUCGUGGACAGAAUCGGACGCAAAUCGAUCCAGGUGGGAGGAUUCGCCAUGAUCACCAUCCUCCUUCUGAUUCUGGGGAGCUCUUUCGAGAGCAUGUCCGACGCUUCACGGGUGGCUGUGUUUGUCCUGAUCCUGUUCUUUGUCAAUUUUGGUCCUAAUUCGACGACCUUUAUUGUCCCUGGUGAGUGCUUUCCUACGAGAUACAGGAGCACUUGCCACGGACUGGCCGCAGCCUCUGGAAAAGUCGGUGCAGUUCUCGCCCAGGCGCUGACGGGGCCAUUGCGAGGCAUCGGAUUUGAAAAGGGCGAGACCGACGCUUCACCAUGGCUCCCCCACGUCAUUCAGAUACUUGGGGCUUUUGCACUGUUGGGUUUGCUCUGCUCCUUCCUGAUCCCGGAAACGAUGGGGCGGUCGCUUGAGAAGCUGGCCGGUGAGGAGCCCAGAGCACUGGAAGGCGAAGAAGCGAGCGACCACGACGAAGACCACCAUCCAAAGUCGCGAAUGGGGUUGAUGUGGGUUUCUUGCACGCCUGUGGUGUUAUUUCAGUGGCUUUUCCCCACGCGCAACCGCAGCGCUGAAUAUGAUGACAUUGACGGGGGCGAAGGAACGCUCUCUGGAGAGCGGAUAUCGUUGUCAAGGAUGGGCGCUGGUAAAGAAGAGUCCCCCACAAAGCCAAUCAUUCUCAGAGGAGAUCCGCCGGAGCAACAGGAUGACGGAGGACUGAAGAUACUUGAGACCGAGAUUGACAGAUUAUCCGGGGAAAGCUCUGACCGAAGAGUCCAUGAUGAUGAUGACGAUGAUAUCCAGCGGAUCGCUUGA